AUGGGACUGCCAGCUAGAAAUGACUCCUUCGUGACUGAGUUUAUUCUUGCUGGAUUAACAGGCCGCCCAGAGCUCCAGCAAACCCUCUUCUACCUGUUCCUGAUCAUCUACAUCAUCACCCUGGUGGGCAACCUUGGCUUGAUUGUCCUCAUCGGUCUAAAUGCUCACCUCCACACCCCCAUGUACUAUUUCCUUUUCAACCUGUCCUUCAUCGACCUCUGUUACUCCUCUGUUUUCACUCCAACAAUGCUGAUGACCUUUGUGUCAAGGAAGGGUGUCAUCUCCUAUGCUGGGUGCAUGACGCAGCUGUUUUUCUUUCUCUUUUUUGUCAUCUCUGAAUGCUACGUGCUGACCUCAAUGGCCUAUGACCGUUAUGUGGCCAUCUGCAGCCCGUUACUGUAUAAGGUCACUAUGUCCCCUUGGGUCUGCGCUGUGCUGUCCUCCGCUUCAUAUGUGAUGGGACUUGCUGGAGCCACUGUCCACACAGGGUGCAUGCUGAGACUGACCUUCUGCCGUGCCAACACCAUCAACCACUACCUGUGUGACAUUCUGCCCCUUCUCCAGCUUUCUUGCACCAGCACUUUUGUCAACGAGGUAGUAGUUGUUGUUGUCGUCGGUGUUAAUAUCACGCUGCCCAGUCUCACCAUUCUAAUUUCUUACAUUUUCAUCCUCACUGCUAUUCUCCAUAUACAAUCCACACAAGGACGGUCAAAAGCCUUCAGGACGUGUAGCUCUCACAUCAUUGCCCUUUGUCUUUUCUUUGGGUCGGCAGCAUUUAUGUAUCUUAAAUAUUCUUCCCCUGGCUCUAUGGACCAGGGGAAAGUUUCUUCAGUUUUCUAUACGAAUGUAGUGCCUAUGCUCAAUCCCCUGAUCUACAGUCUGAGGAAUAAGGAUGUCAAAGUUGCACUGAGGAGAGUCCUGGUUAAAAUUCGGAGAGGAAACCUAUUCUAA